GAGCCGCUCCGCACGGUCCCGCCGCUAAGAUGCUGCCCGCGGGCGGGCCGAGCCCCGCGCACACCUGCGGGACCGUGCUGGUGGCUGCGGUGCUGCUGCAGUCCGUUUGCGUGGCCGUCACCUACAUCUACUUCACCAACGAGCUGAAGCAGCUCUGGGACACGUACUCCAAGAGUGGCACUGCUUGUCUGACUGGGGAGGAGCUGGGAGACCUCAUGCAGAACUUAGACGUGGUGGAAAGCAAAGACAGAGUGGCUGACCCCUGCUGGCAAGUGAAGUGGCACCUGGGAAAGUUAAUUAAAAAGAUGAUGUCAAGAAUCCUUCAGGAAAACGUAUCUGCAAUCAACGGUGACAGGACCCAGGCACUGCCGCGCAGGGAUGAGCCGCCGCAAAGCCCCACGCUCAGGAUAGCAGCACACCUGACGGGCAGCAGCAAGAGGAGCUCCACAUCCCCACACAUAGAUUACUUGUCCCACAGAGGCAUCGGACAGAAAAUCCACAGCUGGGAGUCGUCGAGGAGAGGCCACUCCUUCCUCUACAACGUGGAGCUGUGGAAUGGUGAGCUGGUGGUGCCCCAGACAGGCUUCUAUUACAUCUACUCACAGACUUACUUUCGCUUCCGCGAAAAUGAGAACGAGGACUCGGGUUUGUUGGAACGAAUAAGGAAUCCCAAGCAGCUCGUCCAGUACAUUUACAAACUGACCAAUUACCCAGAUCCCAUUCUGCUCAUGAAAAGUGCAAGAACAAGCUGCUGGUCCAAAAAGGCUGAGUAUGGACUUUACUCCAUCUACCAGGGCGGGGUGUUCCAGCUGAAAAGGGAGGACAGGAUUUUUGUCUCGGUCAGUAACAGUGAUAUAGUUGACAUGGACAAGGAGGCAAGCUUUUUUGGAGCCUUUAUGAUUGGUUAAAAGACAAAAACCGUGCUCUGGAGGAAGCAAAGCAAGGACCAACCCACAAUUCUGUAGAACAGGAUACGAAGCAGAUGCCAUAACAACAGCAGCAAAACCAGGCUCCCCGUGUUCCACUCACUCCCUCACUGCCAUGGCCAGGAAGGAGCCUGGCAGCAGCAGGUUGGCAGUGCUUUGUGUGGCACGAGCUGGGCACAUCACAGGUGGCCCAGUGCCAUGCUGUGUCCUGCAGGUACCAUGGAGCUGCUCUGGGUGCUGGUGGGGCUGGAGGAAAGUUCCACCUGUCAUCUGUAUCUCUCCUGCUAGGAGCCUUCCUAGUCCCCAGAGGAAUUAUUCUGGAAGUUUCUGUUGAAACCAGUUUCCCAAAAGGGAAAAGCCAUGGGUAGCUCACACUGCACGUCUUCAUCUCAUCUCCCAAAGCAUUUAAGCACCUAAUUAAUUUUAAGCGCACACAGUCUGAAUAAACCUGGGGUAUUUACAUGCUUAAAAUUAAAUAUGUGCUUAAGCAUUUUCCAGGAUCGUGGCUUGAGUAAGCACACUGCUCUGUCUCAAUCAGUACAUCGCACGUAAAAACAGCUGCUGAAAGGGCACAGGAGAGGUUUUGAAAUCAAUCAAUAUUUUGGGAUCAGCACAUUACAGCGCCUAUUUACCUAAUUGCUGUACUACAAAGAUUUCACCAUGCCUCCAACAGCCUCAGUAAUGCAGUUACACUUGUUGACAGCAAGUACUUGAUUUAAAAAAAAAAAAGUGUUUUUCUCUAAAUGCUGAAUUCUAUUUGACGUUUGCCACAAAUUGAGCAUGACACAGUUAUUCUAUGUUUGCUUGCACUGGCCUGGAUUAUGUAAAGGUGCAAGGCAGAAUGACAGCCUGAUGACUAAUGUUUUAGGGAAAACAUAUGCAACUAUCCAUGCUUAACCAGCUACAGUUCAGAUGAUGCUGUUUUGAUGCUUAUUUUGCUUGUAGGAAUGGUUGAAAAGCUUUCAUAACUUCUUUGAAAUUUGAACUGACCACUAAUUGUAUGAGCAGGACUGCAGUUGGAUGCGAGUCUAAGUUGGAUGGGCAUAAAUGAGCACAUCUGCAGCAGUGUCGUUGUAAAUACACUAAUGUGCAUCAUGGGUGCAUUUUGCCCAGGUUCAGAGAAACCAAAGAAAAAAGGAGGAAAGUAGAAAAAAAAAAACAAAGAGGAAAAAGGUAGAUGCUUUGCAAGUGCUACUUUCAGUCAACACUCCUGGCAGUAUUGCCAGGAGAAAACCUGUUUGUUUUUUAAAUAUAUUAAGGUUGCUGUGGAAACCUUCCCAUUCACCUUCCAUUGUGGUAAUUAAAUCACCGUGCACAGAGAGACAGGCAUCGUUCAUCUCUGCAUUGUCAACAAGAGGCACUGAAGGGGCACAAGGGCCAGUGCUCACCUGAGCUCCUGCGGUUGGUGGCUUCAAUAGCAGAGACUUUCAUGACAGCAGAGACCUUCAGCAGAGCCCUCCUUCUGUCUUAGGACAAAGAAACACAGGUGUGAGCCUGAAAUGACAAGUCAAACUUCAGCCUGCUGUUUCAACACAGCAUCAUAUAUAACGAUUUCAGCGGUAAUCAAAUAUGUGAAAUUCUCCAUCAUUUACUAGAGUACAUGGUUUGGAUCCGACUCAAGUCUGUUGUGACACAGAACAGAAAACAUACCUGGAGUUGUUUUCCCGAUUUCAGGGCUUAAUUCAGAAAUUGUUUUGCGUAGCAGAGAAGAAUGGGGGGAACAGAGCAGUUCCCAACACAAUGAGAUGCUGCUGCAUUGGAAAACUGACACCUGACUUUUGUGGCUGCUUAUCUUUUCACUUGGACGUGGAUUUUUUGUGUGGGGGGUUUUUUUUGUUUUUUUGUUUUCCCCAACAAUUUAUGUUAAAAAUGUUUUUUUAAAGUUAUUUGAAAGAGAUUUAUUUGAACUGUGAAAAAGCAUUUCCAGUGCUUUCUUAAGAGUCAGAAGCCCUCCGUGUGGGUAAGAAUCAAUCGGUGUAACGUAGCAGCUGUGGGCUGACAGAAGGGAUCCGUGGGGGACCUCAUACACUUGCAGCUGACACGAAGACACACUAUGACACUUUUUGCUUUAUUCAGUGCUCUCUCUCUGGCUCCCAAUGUGUAUUAUGAUUGGGAAUUCUUUGCUUAGGAAACUCACCUGGGCAUUAUCUUUUUAAAUCUAACUGUACCUAUUCUUAGGUCCUGCAUGCAGAGCAGAAGAUCAUACCAAAUAAUCACAUUUUAUUUCUGAAUAAUCCAAAGGCCUGCUUGCCAGAUAUUAUCCUGGAGAGAGACUCAAGCGGUGUCUGGCAGGACACGUUUGAAGAUUAAUGGAAAGAUGCAUCAACUUCUGAUUGUACUUUUGCACCGAGUCACACUUCUCAUCUCACUUUGUGAUGAAUGGUGAAUGUAGCAAAUUUUUAUACAUGGGUGUGGGUUGCAGUAAACAUAUAAGGAUUGUAAUUUUUCUAUGUCUGUUUUAUAUAAAACGUUUUUAGUAAAUA